UAAACAGAAUAGUUUUUUGGGUUACAGAAUUUUUGACAGAGUGAGCCAUCUUUCUUUUUAUUCAGUCUUUGCAGACGGUGAAAGCCAAAACAACGCUAUUUUUAGCUCGCGGUUCACAGCCUCCAGGACAGUUCACAAAAGGGGAGAAUAUUAAGAUUACCACUCCAACGUCACAUUCAGUACAGACUUCCACCAUGCUAUUCAGGUUCGGUGUCGUUCUCUCUCCAGAGUCUUCGGACGUGGAACUUUUAGUUUCGGGCUCGCGUGAAGAAAUGGGCCACUGGGACCCGAGCGGAGCGGUACAGAUGAAGGCUUCGCUCAAAAUCCCGUCACCUGACGAGCCGUGUCUAUGGAUCGGAGAGGUGGAGCUGGCGGAGCCGGUCAAAGAUCCAUUCUGGUUCAAGUUUAUUCAAAGAGUCAAAGGCAAUUAUGUUUGGGAAGGUAGUGGUCCCAGCCACGACAGAUGCUGCUCCUACGAUGACAGGAACGUGGUGGAUGGCGUGUACUGCCAUCCGAUUGAUCACUGGAUCGAGAAAACAGGACACACCGAUGAGAUGAAACACACCACGGACUUUUACUUCAGGGUGGCCGGUCAGAUGGCCAUGCAUUUCUCCAGGGUACUGCAGCGGGUGUGGCUGGGCAGCUGCCCCCGUCAGGUGGAGCACGUGACCAUAAAGUUGAAGCACGAGCUGGGCAUCACCGCCGUGAUGAACUUCCAGACGGAGUGGGACGUGCUGAACAAUUCGCACGGGUGCAGGCGCAACCCUGCAGAGGUCAUGACCCCAGAGACCAUGACGCACCUGUACCGGGACUCGGGUCUGGUGUACGUGUGGCUCCCCACGCCCGACAUGAGCACGGAGGGUCGGAUCCGGAUGCUUCCUCAAGCGGUGUUCCUGCUCCACGGUCUGCUGCAGAACGGUCACACGGUGUACGUUCACUGCAACGCCGGAGUGGGCCGCUCCACCGCCGCCGUGUGCGGCCUCCUCAUGUACGUGUUCGGCUGGACUUUGAGGAAAGUGCAGUACUUUGUUGCAGCUAAAAGGCCGGCGGUCUACAUCGACGAGGACGCUUUGGUGCGAGCGCACGCAGACUUCGUGGAGAAGUUUGGACGCCGGCGUUUAUCCGUCUCUUAUCCUCAGACCUGAGGAGCUCGUCUUUUGCUCUUUUUAGAGAAUACAAUUCUUCAUCAAGAAAGAGUUUAUGUUUCUGUAGAUUUGAGUGGCUCUAAAAAAGACUUUUUCUGACGUUUACUUUUAUUAACGCCAUUUACCACAAACAGUUCAAUACUGUUGUUACUGUUGUGUGUUUAUGUCCGUGGGGGGGCUCUGCUCAGACCUUUUCCUUUCAUUUCUUGGCCAUUAAUCAAUACAGAGUCAACAGAGGUGACAUUUUGAAAGCGAGCCUUCUGCUGCUGCUGCGCCGACUGCCAUGAAUGGAAACAAGAUGCAGAAAAAAUGAAAAAGAAAAGAAAAAGAUUAAAAUGAGGUAUCCUGUCCAGUGAGGUUUGUAAUUUCUGCUGCAUAGAAGGUUUAAGGAUGAAUUCUUCUUUUUUCAGUAAACAGCUGUUGAUGCAUCACUAAAUAUAAUCUUCUUUUUAAUCAUUUUUUUCUGCUUUUUUCAAAGAAUAAGGAGAGUAGCAAACUUUCCCAAAGAAACAAAUCUAUCGAUAAAAAUAACAAAAAUGUGACAAUAUUUCUUUUAAUACAAGACUCCAAGGAAGCUUUCAGUCUCUACUCUCAAAUUAAAUGCACUCAUAAUUAAUAACACUGAAGAAAAUAAUAAAAUACAUUGAUUGUUAUCUGUAUAUAUGUGUCCAAGUUUAUAUAUAAAUAUACAAAAUUGUUAUUUUGCUGUUACUUUAUUUGUUUUGUGUUCAUAUCACUCUGUAUAAAUAAAGACAUUUUUGUAUAUUUAAUUUGGCCUGAAUAAGAGUGAAGGGGCUUGAACUUGAUAAGCUUUUAGCUUCAUUCAAAGCCCUUUUUACAAACUUUGAGCAUGACAAAGUUUUCAUUUAGUUUCACAAUCUUUGGUAUUAAAAUCUUUGAAAUUCUAACAAAAUCAUGUGUUUAGAGGACAGGAUGUAAAAGAGAGUUUAUCCGGCUGUGAGUGCAGAACAAGAGUCACUUUGGUUCAGCUGUCAAAACCCGGAAACUGUGUUUAAAUGUAGUAAACGGCUUGGUGGUAGAAACUUAAACAUUUAAUAGAUAAACUAAAAUAGGACAAAAACGUCAUGGAGAAAUAAAGAAAGGAAACAGAUGACCUGACGAUGUAGAACUGAAAAGAAGACACUUUUAAACCCUGAAGAAUUUUUUUUUUGUUUAAAGGUUAAUAAAACUGAAACAAAAAAGUGUUUUUAUUUCCUUCUCCAACUUUGAACCUCUGCCCUCAGAAAUCCUGUUUACGUCCCUGUGGCCAG